AUGGACUCCAGAGAAAACUCAUCUUCCCUGGCUCUACCCCAUGACCCUGACGAUCCUGAAAACAUUUACCUACGCGAUAACUCACGCAAAAAGACAUACGCAGAGGUGAUCCAAGAUGCCAAUAUGCUAGAAGCACGACAUGAAGUGGGCGAAGAAGACAAUGAAGAGCAACCCAACCAGGAAGAGACCGUGGAGCAGCAGACACAAAAUGAAGACACCCAACUCGGAACUGAAGAGGAACACACUGAUGAAACCUGGGAAAUCCAACUCACUCCAGAAUUGAAGAACCAGCUAGCGGGACCGUGGAAAAUGAGCGUUAUCCUCAAGAUUAUGGGAAGGCCACUAGGAUAUCGGGCACUCCAAACCAGGUUAGUCGGUAUUUGGCGCCCCACAGGUACAACGCAUUUAAUUGACCUUGGUUACGGAUAUUUCAUUAUGCGUUUUGAUGUGCUUAAAGAUUACCAACAUGCUCUCAUGGAUGGACCAUGGUUUGUGGGAGAUAAUUACCUGCAUGUGCAGGCCUGGGAAGCAGAUUUUCAUCCGCAAACUACCAAAAUAUCAACCACGGCGGUUUGGAUCCGUCUAGAACAACUACCCAUUGAAUAUUACCAUCCAGAGUUUCUCAAACACGUGGGCAAAAAAUUAGGAAAACUAUUGAAAGUUGAUGCCAUCACUAGCACAGCCAUUCGAGGAAGAUUCGCUAGAGUGUGUGUCCAAAUAAAUGUAGCCAACCCAUUGCCCAAACGUGUGAAAAUAGGUUCAUUUUGGCAGAACAUUGUAUAUGAGAACCUCCCAAUGCUUUGCUACAAAUGUGGUUGGAUCGGACACAGGGAAACACAGUGCACAGAAAGCUUGCCAUGUCCAACUACCGUGCUACCUCACGAGACAGAAACCCACACCCCAACAGCUUCACCGCCUGAACCAGCCCACGUGUCAACCCCCUAG